CUCUCCUCCCCACAGCCGGCCCGCCCGCCCCCGGCCUCGCAGCCGCCGCCUCCCUAGCUCCCUCAGCGCGCGGAGCGCGGCCCAGCGGCCGGGGCGGAGGCCCGGGGGCGACGCGGCGCCGAGGGGCGGGGGCGGGCUUCUGAGCGCCGGGCGGCCCGGGUCCGCGGCCGGUCGGUGCGCGGCGGGCGGGCGGCGGGCGCCGGUCUAUAUGGCGGCGGCUCUGUCCGGCCUGGCUGUCCGCCUUUCGCGCUCGGCCGCCGCCCGCUCCUAUGGGGUCUUCUGCAAGGGGCUGACUCGCACGCUGCUCAUCUUCUUCGACCUGGCCUGGCGGCUGCGCAUCAACUUCCCGUACCUUUACAUCGUGGCUUCGAUGAUGCUCAACGUCCGCCUGCAGGUUCAUAUUGAGAUCCAUUGAAGGCCUUCUGCUGACCCUCGUGUGGUCAAGUCUCCACAUCAGAGAACACACAGCAUGAGGGACAGAGUCGGGGCUCUGGACACUUGCCUCGGGAAGGUGAAGGGGGUGGGAGAGGACUCAAACAGGCUGCUGUAUGGACUUGGAAGAGCGCAGGGGGAGAGCCCUUGCCUGUCAGGUAUACCUUCCUCUUCCUGGAUGCAUACAUCUGUGGUUGAUGUGGAUGGAAAUUCACAAAAUGAGGAGUUAUCAAUGGAAAUGAAAAAUGCUCUCAGUGAGACCAGCCUCUUGCUCCUCAAUGGCAAUAAAGUGCUUCCAUGUUUGAAAGAAUCAUUAAGAAGAAAUUCAGCUUCCAUUGCGGCUCAGAGCAAGACUCUGGAUCUGUUCUGUGCUCCUGCAGAAGAGUGUUUGGCUGGGGUGCCCUGUGGUAUGAGGGACUGGCUGGGAGGGGGACCAAGAGCAAUCAACAGCCACAGAGGAUGGUGCCACAAAGGAGAGCCUUGGGGGUCAGGACUACUGUGCUGUCAGAAAAGAUUAGAAAUGGGGAUUUCUGAGGAGGAACCGCCAAGUGCUCUGCCAGAAGGGUCAGGCCUCGAGUUGGAACUGUCUUGCUUGCAUUUCGUCCUGUCUACACUGUUGUAUGCAUGCCCUGAAGUUUUCCUGAAUGAUGAGACAAAAUGUGUUUUCCUUGGCCAUUUAGAGCCUGUGUUUUCAGAGCAAACAGUAGAAAACAAGAAAAUGCUUUCAAGUAUAAAAAGUACCUCAAACCAUCUGCAGGUAACACUGGGGUUACUAGCUCUACCAGCUUUUGAAGUAGCAAAUCCAUUAUGCCAUAGUUAAGGCACAAGCAGAACAAUAAAAAUAGUGAGAUUAA